ACUAAUCCAGCUCGAGAUAGCCUGUGUUUGGUGCCUUUUCAGUACUGACCUUAAAGUAAGUGACUUUUCAGAAUUGCAGAUUGAGAGGGAGCGAUACCAGUGCCCCUGGAUGUCUCUGCUUCUCUAUCCGACCCAAAGCUAGCGACUUGUUUGUUUCCUGGUAAAAUUUGGAUCACGGGAGAAGUGAAACCCGAGAUGGGUUUGACGGAAUACUUGAGGACAGUUGAUUGGGAGGAAGAAGCCUACCCAGCGUAUGAAGAUUUCGUAAUUCUUCCUCUGUUCGUCCUCUACUUCCCAACUGUCCGAUUUUUUCUGGAUAGAUUCGUCUUUGAGAAAUUGGGGAGGCGGUUAAUUUUUGGAAAGGGCCUUCAGAAACAGGAUGUAAAAACUUAUGAACAAAGGAAGAAGAUUAGAAAAUUCAAGGAGUCAGCAUGGAAAUGCAUAUAUUUUCUUUCAGCAGAGUUUCUAGCCCUUCUUGUAACUUAUGAUGAGCCUUGGUUUACGAAUACAAAAUACUUUUGGGUAGGACCAGGAGACCAGGUCUGGCCUGACCAGAAAAUGAAGUUGAAAUUGAAGGGGGUUUAUAUGUAUUGUGCUGGAUUUUACACGUACUCCAUAUUUGCUUUGAUUUUCUGGGAAACAAGGCGUUCCGACUUUGGGGUAUCCAUGAGCCAUCACGUAGCAUCUGUCAUUCUCAUUGUGCUGUCUUACAUUUUCAGGUUUGCCCGUGUGGGUUCAAUUGUUUUAGCUCUUCAUGAUGCUAAUGAUGUGUUUCUGGAGGUAGGGAAGAUGUCCAAAUACAGUGGUGCGGAAAGGAUUGCUAGCGUUGCGUUUAUUCUUUUUGUAUUGUCUUGGAUCAUACUGCGACUCGUUUACUAUCCAUUCUGGAUCCUUUGGAGUACAAGCUAUGAAGUUCUCCUGACAUUGGACAUGGACAAACACUCUAUAGAUGGACCAAUAUAUUACUAUGUGUUCAAUACUCUCCUAUACAGCUUGCUUGUAAUUCACAUAUUCUGGUGGGUCUUGAUGUAUCGGAUGCUUGUUAAACAAAUCCAAGCAAGAGGCCAGCUUAGUGACGAUGUUCGGUCAGAUUCUGAAGGCGAAGAAGAUUAUCACGAAGAUUAACUGAGAAACAUAAUAUACAGCCACACCGUGAUCCUCAGGCAAAGGUGCUCUUAAAUUUAGGGAAGACAUGGGGUUCCACGAGAAAGAAACCACAUUUUCAAGUUGAAUUCCCGUAAACAUAGAACUUGAGGCAGCUGUUACACUAUUUUAGUAGCACAAGUCGUAUACGUAAAGAAACGAGACACCUAAGAACUGCUGUAUGCUUUAUUUGCGUUGCUAGUUAGACCGAUGAAUGUAGUUUUCAUAUUUCCUGCAGACAAGGAACAUCUCACGUUUACAACACUCGAUGUACUCUUUCGAUAGUGAAACGAUUUUGGUGGAAGAAGCGCGUCGUGAUUGCAGGGAUGAUAAGUUAACCGAGAUACAAUACGGAAGCAGGUUGAAUGAACAGAGUGGCAAGGGUGCAGAAGUUUGGUUCUGACUCAGCUCUCCCUUCACUGCCUUCAAUUUGAAUCUGCUGGCAUGAUUGAUAUGCUAAUGCAAGGAAUUUUAUGUGUAAUUGCAACUGUAAUAUUUGUGCACUUUUUCGAGUCAGCUGUAAGGUUUUUGUGAAUACAAUGGAUCAUUUCUUUUCUAAA